ACUCUAGCGUCCUUGGAUAGCCAUCUCCCUUGCCAAGGCUCCAUCCGUGUUUAUGCUUGUUCCCAUAUCAUUAUGGAUCCAACGAAGAAACAACUGAGGCUACAGGUGCAGCGCCACCCUGUGUUCCUUGCACUGUACGCAUAUCCAAUACGGCUGCAUCCAACGCGCUCACCUCGAGCACCGUAGUCUCUGCGCCCCACUCGACCGUGGCUACCAUCCUAUGAUGCAGGUUCGAUUUUGCCCCGGCGUUGCUCGUCAGGCUUGGCGUGUGCACGGCCAGUGGCGGACCCACCAUUGGGGCGAGCUGGGGCGGCCGCCCCGGGUCGCCGGCGGCGGAGGAUCGACCCCUACCUACCUAUCUUCCUCCGGCGGCGGAGAAAACCAGCGGGUGCAGCGUCUCUGUUCGUGCGGCAGCCAGCGAGCGAAGGGAUAAGAGGAAAGCAGAGAGAUGUAGGCCGGUUCGCCAGUGGACUGGGCUAUUUUCUACAGGCCCAAAAUAAAACGUCUGUUAGAUCUGCUGACUAGUCCUCGAUCCAGAAAUCCAAUCCACCGUUCCCCUCCCUCUGCACGACCUAGACGACCUGCUGCUUGCUGCUGCGGUGCUGCGCCGUCGCCAGAGCCCAGAGGCCAGGGGUUCCCGGGCGCGAGGGGCGGCUCCUUCAUCUUCUCGCUCCUGCAUCGGCGAGGGAGGGGGCUGAUACUGCGGCUGUGUGGGGCGGUGCUGGUGCUGGAGCCUGGAGGUCGGGCCAGCGGCGAGGGGCGGCAGUGGGGGCUGUGCCGGUGAUGGAUUUCAGCGAAGAGAUGGACUCCGGCGAAGAGGUGGAUUGGAUAGGCAUAGCUGCUGCUGUCGAACUCGAAGAAGUUGAGGCUGAGGCUGCUGCUGUCAAAUAUGCGGCGGCUGUGGCAGAGGCAGCAGCUUCGGCGGCCAGAGCCAAACGGAAGCGAGAGCGACCACAUGACUCCGACGACCGGCAGGGCAUUCCUCCGGCAUUUAAUUUAGCUGAUGUGGAUCCUGAUCCUGGCACACGUAAGCAAAUUGAAGAGUAUGCAACUCCAGAAAUUAGAGAUGAAAUGAGAAGGGCAUAUUUGUCGAAAGGUGUUGGACGUUUGUAUGGUCAUGAUUUUCCUCGGACUCUUUUUGGGAAAGAUUGGCGGAACUUCAAAGAAGCAUGGUAUAAAGAUUAUGAUUGGCUAGAGUAUAGUAAAGAGACAAAAUCUGCCUAUUGUUUCCAUUGUUUUCUUUUCAAGCCUCCAAGCAUUGGUGACAAGUUUGGCCAUGAUGUCUUCACUAAGAAAGGGUUCAAAAAUUGGAAGAAGGCAGUGGAAAUAUUCAAUGCUCAUGUAGGUGGACCAAACAGCGCUCACAACAAUGCUAGAAGACGGUGUGAAGAUUUCAAAAACCAAAAGCAAAGUGUGUCAUAUGCAAUGACUUCUCAUACUGAGAAAUCACAUAUUGAAUAUGAAGAGCGUUUCAGGGCUGUUGUAGGUGUGGUAAGGUUUCUUGUCUCUCAAGGCCUAGCUUUUCGUGGGCACGAUGAGACUACCACUUCCAUGAACAAGGGUAAUUUCCUUGAGAUGUUGGAUUGGUAUGCAGAAAGAUGCAAAGAUGUAGCCGAUGUGGUCCAUAAAAAUGCUCCUGGCAAUCAUCAAUUGACUUGUCAUAAAAUCCAAAAACAAAUAGUACAAGCAUGUGCCGAAGUGACUACAAAAGUGAUAAUGACUGAGCUUGGUGAUAGUAAUUUCUCUCUACUUGUUGAUGAGUCUCGUGAUGUAUCGGUUAGAGAGCAAAUGGCUGUGAUUGUGAGGUUUGCGAACCAAAAAGGGGAGUCUUUGGAAAGAUUGCUUGGUGUUAAACAUGUUCUUGAUACUACAUCCGCUUCUUUGAAAAGAUCUUUGGACGCAAUGUUUGUUAAACAUAAUUUAUCCAUGUCUAGAUUGAGAGGACAAGGAUAUGAUGGGGCCUCAAAUAUGCGUGGAGAACUUAAUGGUUUGAAGAAAUUGGUGCUAGAUGUCAAUCCGUAUGCUUUUUAUGUGCAUUGUUUUGCCCACCAACUUCAAUUGGUAGUUGUUGCUGUUGUCAAGGGAGUCCUAGCUGUUAGUGAUUUCUUUGGACAUACAAAUAAGAUUGUCAACAUGGUAAGUGCCUUGUGUAAAAGAAAAGAUGCAUUGUUGCAGAAGCAUCAUGACAACCUGGUUUUACAGUUAGAGCAUGGGGAGAUUUUGUCAGGAAAAGGCGAGCAUCAAGAGACAAGUUUAGCAAGACCCGGUGAUACACGAUGGGGGUCACACCACAAGACUCUAAUCCGGAUAUAUCAAAUGUGGGAUUCCGUGGUUGAAGUGCUACAUGGUAUUUCUCUUGAUGGAGCAGAUGCUGAUGAUAGAGGUUUGGCUUCUGGCUUUAUGAUAAACAUGGAAACAUUUGAAUUUGUUCUUAUCUUGCAUUUGAUGCUUCGAGUGCUUGGUUUAACCAAUGAUUUGUCACAAGCAUUGCAACAAAAAGAUCAGAAUAUAGUCUGUGCUAUGAAUAUGAUUGUGUCAGUGAAAAGUCUAUUACAAAAGUUGAGAGAUGAUGGAUGGGAGCCUUUCUUAAUAUCUACUACUAACUUUUGUGCUGCAAGAAAUAUAAUAGUGCCCAAUAUAGAUGAUAACAUUUCAGCAAGGGGUUACCCAAGAAGAUCACGCAAAAUGGUUACUUGUCUCCAUCAUUACAAGGUAACUAUAUUCAAUGAGGUGUUGGAUAGAAACAUAGUUGAGAUGAAUAAUCGAUUUAGUGAAACUUCUACACGCUUGUUGAAGUGCAUUGCUUGCCUUGAUCCUAGAGACUCAUUUAGCAACUUUGAUCAUGAUAAGCUAGUUGAGCUUGCAAAUAUUUACUCAAUUGAUUUCUCUUCACAAGAGCUCUAUCUGUUGACUGAUCAACUCAACAUAUAUAUUGAUGUGAUGAAAAGAAGUACUGAAUUCUUGGCUUGCGAUAGUUUGAGUUCUCUUGCUCUCAAGUUGGUUCAGAGUAGCCAACAUCUGGUAUUCCCAUUGGUUUAUCGGCUCAUCAGACUUGCAUUGACAUUACCGGUGGCAACUGCAUCAGUUGAGAGGGUUUUCUCAGCCAUGAAUAUUAUAAAGACUGAUCUUCGAAACAAGAUGGGUGAUGAUUGGCUUAAUGAUUUGAUGGUUUGCUUUGUUGAGCGCGAGAUAUUUGCUAAAAUUAGUGAUAAAGAGAUUAUGGUUCAUUUUCAUGCCUUGAAGAACCGUCGAGGUCAUCUACCUCUACAACCUCGUGUUCAGUAUGCAAUUACGUCUUAAAGGUCUCAUUUGGAAAUUGGAAUUAUGGGAUCAUAUUGUGGCAUAACUGAGCAUUUCAAGCGGCAAGAGUCCAUGUGAGCAGUCAGGCGGCCUCGGCGACUUUUAACAGUGUACUAGUUUUAAAUAGUCUUUUCAUCCUUUUGCUGUUGAAUGCUAUGAGUUCUGGUUGAAUAUAGCUGCAUUUGUAGUGAAAAAAAUUUAAACAUUAAAUGUUCGCCCCGGCUAACUUCAA